AAGCACUCCCGGUCCGAAUGUUUGAUGUGAUAGGUUGCCGUUAAAUGCUCGACGGAUUCUCGUGAUCAGCGUGAACCACGAUCACAUGAAAUGAGAUAAUGGCAGCGGUCACGAUCUUCCGCUUUUUGCUGUGGUUGAAAAAGUCUUCCUGGUGGUCAAGGCUGUUCCGUGGUGAUGCCGCGCCGUGCCGUUCCACAACUCGAGGUGUCUUAGGCAGUCUUUGGCAAGGCAGACUCGGAUCUGGCCACUAUAUUUCCUUGCUUCUCUCGAUCGCGCGCAUGCUUAUGUUGGCAAUAUCGAGCUUCACGGGUUUUACCCUCUGGUGGGGAAGCUCCAGCCGCAUCGAUGCAGCUCUUAUCUUAUGGCAAUGCAAGCCACGGGACUUGUGGCCAGUUCCAGCACUCGUACUGGAACCAGGUCCCGGAAGGCAGCAUCCCCUUGGGUGCUUGCACAUCCUGAUAUCGGGCAUCGAUACCCUUUCCCAGAUUUCCCCUCCGGCGUAGUCGGGCGUCCUGUACGGAAAGCCGUAAGAACGCGAUGUGCCAGCGAGAAACACAAAACCAGAUCCCGCUUGUGCUUUCCCACGCUCAGCCUUCCCCCACGUCCACCACCACUCCCCCCCUCUCUAAGCCUCUGCUACUUCUUAAAAUAUUUUCUCUCUCUCUCUAUUUUUUUUAUCUAUAUAAGUAUACGGGUAGGAAAGAGGGGCGUCGAGGGGGUUGAAAGUGAAGAGUAAAAAGUGGAAAGCGAGACGUAUAAAGUGAGAA